AUGACGCUCCCCAGAGGUGAUGGGGAGGUGGUCAGCAACACCCGCGUAGCCGUGCGCGUGCGCCCGAUGACGAACAUCGAGCGCGACCUGGGAGCGGGGCGGUGCCUCAACAUCUCGGGGGGCAACCGGGUGGCGUGCAGCGACGCGCGGACGUGGAACUCCGAGGACUUCACCUUCGAUCACGCGUGGGAGCUCGACGAGACUCAGGAGGAGGUUUACGCGGCGAUAGGCGAGCCCGCCCUGCGAGCGGCGUGGGAUGGAUACGACGUCGGGGUCAUGGCGUACGGACAGACGGGCACUGGCAAGACGUACACCCUCUGGGGCGACGACCGAGGCAGGGACGACCGAGGCAGGGUCGACGACAUCGCUUUCGACCACGAUGCGGGCCUCAUCCCGAGGAUAGGCGCGGACCUGUUCGCCCGAGUCGAGCGCGAGCGCGCGGGCGCCGUCGUCGGGGGCAGCGGCACCGGCGCGGAGGUCCGGGUCGAGAUGAGCGCGUUUGAGAUUCACUGCGAGCUCGCGAGGGACCUGCUCGCGCCGGUCAGCUCCGAGCGCGACAAGGACGACAGGGGCGAUCACGACCUGGAGGUUGCCAAAGACGGGAGCGUGCACGGACUCACCGCCCGCCCCGUCGCUUCCAGGAAACAGUUCGAGGGGUUCCUGGCGGAGGCGACGCGUCGGCGGGCGGGUUCGGCGUGGCGCCGGUCGCACGUCGUCGUCAGGCUGGUCCUCACCAGGUUCCCGCGUGGGGGAAGCGGCGGCGCACCGGUAUCGUCCUCGAGCGCACCGGUAUCGUCCUCGGGUGUCGCGACCGCGGCGCUGAGGGACGCGCCGCCCGCCGUGAGCAGGCUCACGCUCGUCGACGCGGCGGGAUCCGAGCGAAGCGCAGCCGGGGCGGACUCGCCGGUGAACAGGUCCACCUCGGCUCUGCGGAGGUGCGUCGACGCGCUCGCCGCCAGGGCCAGGAGCGGGGAGGCGGUGGCGUCCAUCAGGGCGAUCACCGCGGAGGAUGACGACGACGACGUCGGCGGCGCGCCGGACGACGCGGGGAGGGACGAGGCUGCGCUGACGCGGGUGUUCAGGGAGUCCCUCGGCGGGAACGCUCGAUCGUUUCUGGUCGCGACGGUGUCCCCGAGCGACGACGACCACGCGGAGACCCUCGACACCCUUCGCUUCGCCGCGUCCAUGCGACUGAUUCGAUGCAGGACGAUCGUUAACGUGGACCCCGACGCCAGGAGGGUGACCGCGCUGAAGCGGGAGGUUGCGGAGUCGGCUCGGGUGCUGGAGGCGCUGAAGAAGGACCUCUCGCUGGCGCGCGUGAGACAGACCGGGGGCGCGGGGUCGAGGCCGGGGUCCGCAGCGGGCCAGCGCCAAGGGGCAGGCGCAUUCGGUCCCACACGGCCAAAAAGCGCUCUGACCAAGCCUGCACGGGACGAACCUGCCGGAAGGGAUCCCCUCGACAUUCGCAAGGAGAUGCGUAAUGCGAGAACAAACCUCGAGCUGAGCGAGAAGCGAUUGAAAGCCGCUGAGGGUCGAUGGAACACAAAAGUGCGUGGAUACGACAAACAACGCGCUAUCCAUAAGGCGGACGUGUCCACCAUGCGACCAACCGUUGACGUGUCGCAAAACGACGACGAGACGCGAUGGAUGCCACGGCUUGUGAGGCUCCACGAGGAUCCGUCGCUGACUGGCAGCAUCUGGCACGUGUUGCGCACCGGGACUACCAGGAUUGGCGCCGGGAACGAAUGCGAGCUGCGCGUUUGGGGCCUCGGAGUUAAAGCAUCGCACUGCACCGUCAACGUGCGCGUCGCGCCCCUCGACCGGUCGCUGGAUGGCGCGGCGGUGAGGAACUCUGCGAGGGUUGUCGUGCCAAACCUGGGCGAGGCUGCGGUUUUCGUCAACGGCGAGAAAGUUGACCAGCCCAACGGCGUUGAGCUGAGUCACGGAGACCGAAUCUGCGUCGGGUUGAACAGCGGGGUGAUAUUCAGGUACGACGAUCCGGCGUCCGUGAGCGGCGGCGAGGGUCGCGAGAUGCGUGGAGCAGAUUGGGUGAGCGCGCAAGCCGAGCUUCGCAGGGAAGUCGCGUUGACGCUGAUGAGCGAAGCACCUUCGCCGCCGACGGCGAGGGAGGGCGAGGCCGAAGGGGGCGGUGGAGCGCGUGGGGAGAGACGUCGACGAUGGCGCGCGGCGCUUCAGAGACGCGUUGUCUACCUUCUCGCCCUGGUGGACGAGGCGAACGAGCGUUGUGUGGAGAUGCGACUUGACGUGAACUUCCGGGCCAGGUUCGGCGGCGGCACCAUGGGGGCACCCCCGUCAGUCGCUUCGAACAACCCUGCCGCUCCUCUACUCGAGGUGACAAUGAUGAGAGGCGAAGAUGACCCUUGGGGUGAACGCGCGCGGGGUGGUCGUCAGAUCCUGCCCCUGCAUGAGGGGGACUUUGCCGACAGGGCCCUUCUCAUUCGACACCUUCACAGCAAGUGGAGGAGGAGCGGCCGCGCGCUCGGCCCGCUCGCCGCGGUCGUCACCGCGAUGAAGAAGGGUGACAUCGGCGCGGAUCCUCUACACGUUCUCGACGAGAUCGGGAUGAGGAUGUUCUGCCUUGCGGAUGCAUGCCCCGCAGCGGCUAAGCACGCCGCAGAGGCUGAGAACAAACCCAGGGUCCGAAAAGCGCCGGAGACAAAGGAAGCGGCGACCCCGGCGGCGGCGAAACACGGGCCGGGCAAGGCCUGGGGCACACCUGGUACGAUCACAAGAUCACCUGAUGACGGCGGUGUGGCGGCCAGGGCCAUCGCGAAUCCAUCCACGCCAUCCGUGCCAGGCAUCAGUGGCGAUGAGGAGAUCGACCCGAUGACACCCGCUGCAGUAAGACGCGAGCGUAGCCUUCGCCUCGCCGCAGAGCAAAAGCUCAGAGAACUAAUGAGUGCGGCGGAAGAGGCCGCGGUGGCGCUCGUAUCCGAGAAAAAGCUCGUUUUGGCUGCGGAGAAGCGCGCAAGGGCUGCCGAAGCCAAGCUGGAAAAGGCUGUGGACCUUGGUGGAGAGCUUCAGCACACUGCGCAGAGACUCGCUGCGGAGAAGAAGACCCUGGAGAACGCACCGAAGCCCGUAGACACGUCGCAUCUCGCGGGUAAGGCUCUCGCCGUUGCUGAGCAGCUCAAAGAGCAGCUGAAAGCGGCGGAAGAGCGUGCGGCAGCGGCCGAGGAGGCGAUAAAAACACAGGCCAAGGAGAUCAAGGCAAAGUACAAGGCCAAGGCGGAAAAAGCGGCGGAAGAGUGUCGCGAGGCUGUUGCUGAAGCGGAGGCGAAGGUCAAGCGAGCUGAGGCGACAAUACGGGAGGUGGAGGCGAAAUGCAGAGAAGAGGUGGAGGCUGCGGAGGAAAGGGCAAGGACCUGUAGCCUGCCCCUGCCCCCAAAUACGGGUCCUCUUGGAGAGCCCCUGCAGGUAAUUCCCCAGGGUGGAAACGAGAACCAGGACACCUAUACUCGCGCCUCGAACUACGCCGCUCAAGCGGAUGAGGUUGCGGCGAGAAUCACCGGCAUCACGCCCUACUAUCCUCCCCGGCCACCCACCCCACCCGAGGAGAAGAAUCUCCCGGGUGAGACGGACUUCGAGUGCGCCAGGCGUCUCAAGGCAGCCAUGCAAGAACUGCGGGUGAAGCUGUGGACGGUGGGAGACAGAAACCUGUUCCUGGAGAAGUGCAUGCCCCUGUGUAAUCAGGAGAUGAUGUUGUGGAAGGCUCAGUGUCUCGAGAAGCACGCUGAUGUGGUUGCAUGCGAGACAGCGAUACAAGAGAUGGAGCAGGCAAUCGCCGAGAAGGAUGGGCUGAUUAAACAGAUGCGCAAGCAGCUCAAGGCGUGGGAGCGCGCGGAGAGGGGCGAAUUCGGCGGCGAUGGCAGUUCCAACGACGAUGACGACGAAGAUGGCGAGGGAAAACCACCCAAGAAAAUGACGGAAGAAGAAAUGUUGAAGGAGUUGGAGCAGUUUGAUGAGGCAUUCAAGGGAAUAACGUUUGCGGACAUUCGCAAGCAAGCCAACCUCUUCGGAGAGGAGCUUGGCUUGGCUCCGAUUCCAGACCCGACGCCGCCCGCCGAGGAAAUGGAAGAGCUAAGACCGACCCCCGAGAAAUUCGAUAAAAAGGCGACUCCCAUGGUUCCUCGCAUGAGGCUCCCCGGUGACGCGAAACCUCCGAGCCCGGUGCCGAGACCUGUCAAGAAGUCCUCCGCCGCGGACCCCUUCGCACCCGUUCCCGUGUCUCAUAAGAAGACAGCACCGCCGCGGACGCCGGAGCUGCAAGACGAAGAAGACCUCGACGACAAGAUGUACGGUGACGAGCUCGAACCCACGAGGAAAGACGAGUCGUACCCAGGCGAAGACAAAGACGGCAAGAUGCUCCCGGAUUUUCUCUUUGCCGAGUCUGGAAAGGAGAACGCGGCGCCGGGUUCGAAUUCGAGGACGCCGAAGCGUUGGGACAACCUGCGAAGGAACUUUGAGGAAUCGGAACAUCGUAAGGAGGACAGGUGGGACAGGCUCAGGCGCAACCUCGAGGAGGCAGAGGUUGACCCAAGCCUCCUGGAGGGGGGUGGCGAGUCGGAUGACGGCGAGUUUGACUUUGACAACCGCCGUGGCUCUGCGGUGGGCGGCGUCUUCUCGCCGCAGGAGCCCGCGAGACCGACGUCGAAUAAGUACAACGUCGGUUCCUCUAGGAAGAAGGGGAAGAAGAGAGGCAAGAAGACUUGCACAAUCUCCUGA